CAUUUCAGUCCCAAUUCCCUUAUCCAUGUUGAGACUACCCACCUCUGGCGCAAGUCUUCCAUCCCUUGCUUCCACCACAUUCCCAACCUUCACAGAAAUUACCCACCUCUUGCGCAAGUCUUCCAUCCCUUGCUGACUCAGAUAAUCAAGCCAGAAUCAAACGGUUUAUUGGUAGGCAGAAUCCGAAAAUUGUGGUUCUUGUUGAAACUAAAUGAUCACAUUUCAACCGCGAUACUGUGAGGAGAAUCUGUGGCUAUAGAGAUUUUGAUUGGGAUGCCAAAAACUCUACUGGUAGUUCGGGUGACAUCGUCAUUUAUUGGGAUCAUUCCUCGUACAGAGCUAUCACCAGGAGAGAAGUCAUGACGAUUACAGGGGAAAUAGGAGUGGUUCUACACUCAUGGAUGCUUCCAAUGCUUUCAUUGAUGAUAAUGCUCUAUUGGACAUCCCUGUUAAUGGUAGGAGAUUCACAUGGAGCAGGGGAGCUUUAGAGCGUGUGGAAUCGGAUCAUAGUCUGCCUCUCCUCAAAUUGGGAAGCAAUUUAAGGGUCGUGAGGCCAUGGAGAUUCGUGAACAUGUGGAUUGAGGAUGAUCAAUUUUUCACUGCUAUGUACUCUUAGCUGGCUCUUCCUUUGCAGGGGAGGGGUUCGAUUUUCUUGUGGGCUAAAAGAUUGCAGAAUCUUAAAGGAAACUUAAAGUGUGGAAUAAGGAAGAUUAUGGAGAUAUCAAUUUCACAUCAAUGAACUCCUCGCCAAGAUUACUGAUCUAGAUAAUAAGGAGGAAGAUGGACCUCUCUUUGAUUCCGAAAAGAGCGAGAGGGAGUGUCUCAAAAUUGAUGUGGCUAAAGCUCUUUAUCUGCAGAAAAUUCAUUGGAGGGAGAAAUCUAAAAAAAAUUGUGGCUGAGAUUUGGAGAUAUGAACGGUCGAUUCUUUCACAAGGUUGCCAACCACAAUAGAAGACUGAAAACUUUUCAGUCUAUCAAAAUCAAUGGCGAACUCGUUGAAGGCUGGGAUAAUCUUGCUAACGGAAUUGUUGAUUUUACAUGAUGAUGCUUCAUGAAAAUCUGAAUAAACGUUCCUUCCCGCGAGCCCCUUCUUCCUACAAAUGAUGCAUCUAUGCUCAUUCGUCCUUUUUUGUAAAUGGAAAUUUGGUCAUCCAUCGCCAUUAGUGAUGGGGAAAAACUCCAAGACCAGAUAGAUUCGCCUGGG